AUGUCUCACAGCAGUGGACGUCGCUCAUCGAGUUCUAAGCCGGGAGCGAGUGAUACAUAUCCCUCCACCGUCAUCUCCUCCGUUUCCAAUAAGACAGCUUACACAGGCGACACCCGUGUCCCUUACAACGAUCGUGUUGAGUCGCUGCGUCGAUCACCAGAUGGACACAAGGGCAAGUCCACGCCGAAGGGUGGCCUUGCUUCGGUACCACCAACGUCUGACCCGAGAGAGCCAAGACCUCCCGUCUCUAAUUCUACUCCAGUGCUUUCCAUGCUAGCUAACUCUACUCAGGUCACAGAAACAGAGGAAAGCCUUCGAAACCUACGGCUGUCUAUGGCUGGAUUAGAGAGCAACGAGAAUAACAAUGAUCACCCUUCCGACCGUCGAGCACAUAACGCGAAGGAGACCGCAACCAAGAAGAAGUCUACCGACACGGCCGACGAGAAACAUCGUAAGCGUACUAGUCAGCCAGCAGCCCCUGAGUCUCGACAAAUUGCCAUGCCUAUAUCUGCUGAAGUGGCCGAGGGUUUAAUCGCUGUCCUUGACGAGCUAUGUGGGAAAAACUCGAAGAAGAGGGAUGGGAAAAAGAAGGAUGAUGACAAGAAGAAGGAUGACGGCAAGAAGAAGGAUGACGGCAAGAAGAAGGAUGACGGCAAGAAGAAUCACGAUAGUAAGGACAAGAAGCAUCACAAGAAGGAUGAUGACCACAAGCCCAGAAAAGAUGGCCGGACGCAGACUUAA